CUGGCUGCUGCCUCUGUCUCCGGGAUGGUUCACGCAGCUAAGGCGCCUGCACCUCUCUGUUCACAGCUCCCAACAUGGGCAUCUGCUGGAUAUUGUGGAUAUUGCCUGCUGUUUCUGCCCUGGAAGAAACCCUGAUGGAUUCGACAACAGCAACAGCAGAGUUGGGUUGGACAGCACACCCUCCUUCUGGAUGGGAGGAAGUCAGUGGAUACGAUGAGUCUAUGAACACAAUAAGGACGUACCAAGUCUGCAAUGUGUUUGAAGCCAGUCAGAACAAUUGGUUGCGCACCAAAUAUAUCAAGCGAAAAGGGGCUAAGCGUAUUCAUGUGGAAAUGAAGUUUUCUGUACGGGAUUGUAGCAGCAUUCCCAAUGUUCCUGGCUCUUGUAAAGAGACAUUUAAUCUCUAUUAUUAUGAAUCUAAUACAGAUUCAGCAACCAAGAUAACUCCAUACUGGAUGGAAAAUCCCUGGAUAAAAGUUGAUACGAUUGCAGCAGAUGAAAGUUUUUCCCAGGUGGAUCUGGGAGGGAGGGUGAUGAAAAUCAACACGGAGGUCCGUAGUUUUGGACCAGUGUCAAAGAAUGGCUUUUACUUGGCGUUUCAGGAUUAUGGAGGAUGCAUGUCCCUGAUUGCAGUCAGGGUCUUCUACCGAAUGUGCCCACUGGUGAUCAAAAAUGGGGCAAUUUUCCAGAAGACCCUAUCGGGAGCAGAAAGCACAUCCCUGGUAGUGGCCCGUGGGACCUGUAUUCCGAAUGCUGAGGAAGUGGAUGUGCCCAUCAAAUUGUACUGUAACGGAGACGGCGAGUGGAUGGUCCCAAUUGGCCGCUGCAUGUGUAAAGCUGGCUACGAGUCUGUGGAGAAUGGCACUGUGUGCCAAGGUUGUCCAUCUGGAUCAUUUAAACCAAACCAAGGGGAGGAACCCUGUUUGAGCUGCCCAAUCAAUAGCAGGACCACAUCUGAAGGUGCCACAAACUGUGUUUGUCGGAAUAAAUACUAUCGGGCAGACACCGACCCAUUAGAUAUGCCAUGCACAACGACACCCUCAGCCCCAUUGGGAGUUAUCUCCAGUGUGAAUGAAACAUCCCUGAACUUGGAAUGGUCUGCUCCUCGUGAGACAGGUGGCCGGGAGGAUGUGGUUUACAAUGUGAUCUGUAAGAGUUGCAAUGCAGGCCGCAGCACCUGCACUCGAUGUGGAGACAAUGUGCAGUUUGUGCCACGUCAGUUGGGUUUGACUGAGCCUCACGUUUACAUCAGCGAUCUGCUUGCCCACACACAGUAUACCUUCGAGAUCCAGGCUGUGAAUGGAGUGUCAGAUCAGAGUCCUCAUCCACCUCAAUUUGCAGCUGUCAAUAUUACCACCAAUCAAGCUGCUCCAUCUACAGUGUCAUUUAUACACCAAGUGAGUCGUACAGUGGACAGUGUUACACUAUCCUGGUCUCAGCCUGACCAGCCCAAUGGAGUGAUCCUGGACUAUGAACUCCAGUAUUAUGAAAAGGAUCAAAGUGAGCACAAUUCUUCAACUGUGAAGAGCCAGACAAACACAGCCACCAUCCGCAGCCUCCGCGCUGGCACCAUCUAUGUUUUCCAAGUGCGAGCACGGACAGUGGCCGGUUUUGGCCAAUACAGUGGGAAGAUGUAUUUUCAGACAAUGACAGAAGCUGAAUACCAGAGUAGUCUGCAAGAAAAGCUUCCUCUCAUCAUUGGAUCAGCAGCUGCUGGGCUAGUCUUCGUAAUUGCUGUUGUAGUCAUAUUGAUCGUUUGCAACAGGUCACUUAUCUUCUGCCCAGACUCCCAGCUCCAAGAUCAAGGUUUCCAGUUCCAACAAGGGUCAAGCUUCCGGCUCGAAGGUCCAUCCUUCCAAGCUGUCAGGAGACGAGGUUUUGAGCGGGCAGAUUUGGAAUACACAGAUAAACUACAACAUUACACGAGUGGCCAUGGACAAAGAAACUCGUGGAAUCAGCAGCCUCCAUUUUACAGCAGCAAUGAGAGCGAGGAGCUGAGUGGACCAGUCAAAUUGUGCUCUGGGAAGCAAAAUGACGGACAAUUUACAGUUAUCCAACUUGUUGGCAUGCUUCGUGGAAUUGCUGCUGGGAUGAAAUAUUUGGCAGACAUGAGCUAUGUGCACAGAGAUCUGGCUGCUCGUAAUAUUCUCGUCAACAGCAACCUUGUAUGUAAGGUUUCCGAUUUUGGACUGUCCAGGUUCCUAGAGGAUGAUACAUCAGAUCCAACAUACACAAGUGCUUUGGGAGGGAAAAUUCCAAUACGGUGGACAGCACCAGAGGCCAUUCAGUACCGGAAGUUCACAUCAGCCAGUGAUGUCUGGAGUUAUGGCAUUGUCAUGUGGGAAGUGAUGUCAUAUGGGGAGAGACCUUACUGGGACAUGACCAAUCAAGAUGUGAUCAACGCUAUUGCACAAGAUUAUCGUCUGCCUCCACCCAUGGACUGCCCAACAGCUCUCCAUCAAUUAAUGCUUGAUUGCUGGCAGAAGGAUCGCAACAAUAGGCCCAAAUUUGGGCAGACUGUGAAUACCUUGGAUAAAUUGAUCAGAAAUCCAAAUAGUCUAAAAGCUGUGACUCCACUGACUUCAGGGGUAACCCUCCCAUUACUGGACCGCACAGUUCCUGAUUUUUCCAGCUUCAACACAGUUGCCGAGUGGUUGGAGGCCAUUAAGAUGGGUCAAUAUAAAGAUAACUUUUCUAAUGAAGGCUUCACGUCAUUUGACCAUGUGUCUCAAAUGACAUCAGAUUUCUGACUCAGUAGAAUGCCC